GUGUUUUGUCUGCGCGUGAACGCGUCUUCCGUGAGGGGUGUGGACGCGUCCUGCCCUGAGCGCACAGUGCGCGUACAGCAGGCGCAACAGACAGCAGUGUGCGCCGCGCAACUCCAAACACACAAAAAAUGGGGCUUGAAAAAGAAAAAAUGGAGGCCAGUGUCAUUAUGGAUGAGGAUGAAUUCAAUAGAUCGAUUGAACCUAUACUUGGAAAAAAACCGAACGUGUAUUCAGAGGUCCAGGACAGAGAUCCUAAAGAAAUUAACGCUCAUCUAAAGGUUGGUUUUGAAGACAUCAUUGCCGAGCCCAUCUCCACGCACAGCUUUGACAGAGUUUGGAUCGGCAGUCAUGCUGUGUUCGAGCUGGUGAAAUACGUCUUCUACCGGAUCCUCACCACGUUUCUGGCCAUUCCCAUGGCAUUCAUUGCAGGGAUUGUUUUCGGGAUCCUCAGCUGUAUACAUAUUUGGGUGGUGAUGCCAGUGAUCCAGGGCUGCAUGAUGACACUACCCUCCAUCCACGUGAUCUGGACCAGCCUGAUGGAUAUGUUUAUAGGGCCGUUCUUCUUCAGCAUCGGACGGUGCUUGUCGUCCAUCAGUGUCAAGACUGUGCAAAACUGACCAAAUCUAACUCAGCAUAGAAGUGUUGCAGAAUCUCUUUGACACGUUUUUUUUUUGGCCUUUGGCCUUUUGGAGGAUUAUUAGCUGAAGGAUCAUUUAUCCUUGACUUCUGAAGUACAGAGAAGAGAAAGAGCUUUUCUUUCAUUUCAGUGCACAAUUGCAAUAUUAAUUCCGUUGUUUCACCACUGACUUGUCAGCCUUGUAUUGGGCGUCGUCAGUGCUGACAUGCUUUUUCAGUACUGUUAUGUAAGUCUAAUUAACCUUUUAUAUUAUAUAUAAUGCAAGACUUUUCAAAGAUUAUAAUGUAAUGAUUAAGAUGUAGCCUUAAAAGAAUAGUUCACCCAAAAAUGAAUAUUUGCUGAAAAUCAAGAUCAAGAUCAAGAUGUAGA